GUAGACGAGCAGUCGUCGAGAAUCCAACGCCGGAGCAAGUCGUCGUUCACGGCGUUGAUUCGUCCUGUCCUGUCCUCCGUCCGUACCGUUUUCAUUCAGUGGUUUUUCGGUUCGGUUUGUUGAUUUUUCGGCUUCGGAAAAGCUUUGCUAGUACAAAUUUUCACCACCGGAGAAAGCAGCACGGAGAUUCGCUCUUCUCUUGGCGCGCGCGAAGGAUAUGUGUUUCAUCCCCGAAAUGUUGGACGUGGACAUAUCGUAGAGCAGGAUCUUCGCAGUCCGUUGUCGCCUUCCGUCGGGACUAAAUGUGCAUUGUACAGUGUAGAUGUUUGGUUUUAGAGCUUUAGUGUCCUGCCAUACUGCUAAUAAUAACACUGACAAGAGGAAGACCAGAAGCGAAUCUAGUGAAAAAUAGUUUCCAAGAAACAAAAAAGGCUGCUGUACAUAGGCUGUACCGAAGAAUUCCGUCGUUUUGUGCUACGUUUUUAUACCCAGAGUCUGGAAAAAUAUAGUUUAUAGAUACACAUUAUUACACAACUAAAUCGUGAAAAUAAAAACCAGUGCUCGAUAAAAAAAAAGGCUGCAGCGAAACGCAAUUAUCGAUCUCCUUCUCCAAGUGGCUGACAAUAAGUGUUUUCGGUUCAGUUUUCUAUCCCUGCCAGAGCUUUUUUGGAAGAUUGUUAUUGCAGUUGAUUUUUAAAACAAUAUAUUUCUUAAAAUAAUGGUUUGUUUGUUGGGUCGAUCGAUAACCCUAGUGAACGGAUACAAAGUAGUGGAAGAAAAAAGCGAGUGUUGUUAAACAUAUUUAUAGUUCAAAACACUGGGAUAAAUCCUAGGAAGAAAUUGUUUUCAAGUUGUUCAACAAAUUUCGUAGAAACCCUCAAAAGAGUUCAUGGAAUGAGUGAAAAUCAGUGCAUAUAAACAGUACAUUUGAAUAUUUUGCCUACAUACCACUACAAAAAUCAAUAUUCAGUGCCUGACUAACCGCAGUGAAAAGUGCAAGAAAAAGCAAAGGAAAGGAAUCUAUUUACCACGUAACCAGUUUAUUCCAGAGAAAUUAUUAUAGAAAUCCACAUCUAAACCACACCCGCAUCAUCGUGAGCAAGAAGAAGAACUGAAACAAGAUUUUAGGAACCAUUUCAAAAGCCAUACAAAAUUCCGCCACUGGCAAUCUCGUAGAAAACUGCAAUCUCUAUCUCUAAGCGCGUCGUCAUCCAUCAUGCAUCACCCAUGAGGCGAACAACAAGGUAUGCAAAUGAGAUGCACUCGUCCGGUGUUGUUUCCGUAGCUUGAGACAUUGGGUGUAUUGGCGCGUGAGGAUAAAUUUAGAGCCUCGGAGCCGCCCCACGUCGCGAAGAGCACGCUGUAAUUGUAAUUGAGGAGCAACAAGCUGCUCUAGUGUGGCCUCAUUCAGUCACUCGUCGCUCGAUAAUAGUAGAGAAGAAGAAUCUGCACCCAAUGCAGAUAACAAGACGCAACCAAACGAGCAUCGCUUCAAUACGGGGUUGCAUCGACUAGGAAAUUUGCAUUUAGAUUGGUGACCGCCUCUCCUUGGCCCGCAUGACAUGGAAUGAUGUUUGACACCCAUUGUGGUCUAUGGUGGAGAUCAGCUGGAAUGGCAACCAAGUACGGAGAUCCAAGGGGGUGAACACCCGGGGAUGACGGCAUCCAACUAGCCAACUAAGCAGAGCAAUUUUUAUCGAGAAUCACAGAAAUAUUUUCUAUAUUUAGACAUCCCCGUUCAUCUAAGUCCCAACAUAGGGCGCGAGUAAACUGCAUCAUCUGCAACGUGUGUUGUGGCACCUAUCGUUGAACUGCCGUUAGAUGCGCUUCAAUGAGUCCAAUUCAGCAGCUGGGGCAAACGAAGACGGGGACUGAAACGUCAGCAGAGGCGCGGAUCGAAUUUCUCCAGUCGCGAUUUUCGCGGAUACGAUUUUAAGAUUUUUGUAACAGCCCUGCACGUGGCUUACGGUGAGACUGGGAGAAGCACCGACCGCAAGUAGUGUGGCAUCGGUGGGAUGAUGAUGGAGCACAAUCUUCAACGACAACCGUCCAGACUGGAGGAGGAGACAGUGGAACAGAGAAAAGGAUCGGCACCCCGGCGGAGUCGAAGCGAAUGUGAUGAAGUGAUCUGUGAUAGAAGCAACGUUGUUACCAAUAACGAAUGUUUAGCAAUGAAAAGUACAGAGCGAGGUGCCGAUGAUGAAGUGAGACUGGAUGUUGAAGCCUGCAGCAUUGGGCGACGACGGGCGUCGUCCAUGUUCAGCAGGAACAACAUAACAACGCCGUCGCCAUCGUCUAAUGGAGAUUUUGGCAUGGUCGAGAGUUGUUGCAGUUCCGUGCAGCGAUUGGACAGCUGUGGCGACCCGGAUGAAAUUAGCAAUUAUCUUAGCAUAAACAAUAGCCGUAGCAGUAGUUGUUGUGAUAUUCCUGAGGAAACCUCGCCUAUGAUAAGUGUAAGACGAAAAAGCAGAAGUGGCUUCGAAGAUGACUUGGAAGCCAGAGGUAUGCACCGUAGGACGGUACUUCUGCAGCAGGAAGGUCGACGACACCAGUCGGACUCGUCCGAUUGCUGUGACAUUGAAAUCGAUACCGGUGCUGAGGAAGAUGAGGACGAAGACGAUUCAAUGCUGACGUCAACCAAUUCCGCUGCGACGACUGCUACUGUUGCGUCCAACAAAUCGCAACUGAACGUCCCGGAUGCCCCGGCCGGACACGAUACAAAUGUUAAUAUUGUUGAUAACCCCGUUAGUGAUAGCAACGAACAAAGUGUUAAUCAAACGCAUAGUAGUGGUGGGGCGCCCCCACAUACCAAAAUUACAACGACGCCUUCGAACCUAAGCAAUUGCAGUGGCCUGCCAACAGUGACCGUGGUGCAGCUCAAACAGAAACAGAAUCUCCUAUAUUUUCUACGAGUGAUUUUCAAUCAUUGCAAGAGUUCCGGUAUCGGUGAGCCUAGCGUGUAUCAUGCCUUAGUUGUGAUAUUUUUGGAAUUUUUCGCGUGGGGUCUGCUAACGAUGCCCGUGAUAAAUGUCCUGAAUCAGACCUUCCCCGACCACACAUUCCUGAUGAACGGUCUGGUGAUGGGCAUCAAAGGAAUCCUAUCGUUUCUAAGCGCCCCACUUAUCGGUGCAUUGUCCGAUGUGUGGGGCCGAAAGUUUUUCCUGCUGAUAACAGUGUUCUUCACCUGCGCCCCCAUACCGCUGAUGUCAAUCAACUCAUGGUGGUUUUUCGCAAUGAUCUCAAUCAGCGGAGUGUUCGCUGUUACGUUCUCGGUGGUGUUCGCUUACGUGGCCGACGUAACGACGGUGGAAGACCGAUCUCGGGCCUAUGGUCUGGUGUCGGCGACAUUUGCUGCUAGUCUGGUCAUUUCACCAGCCCUGGGAGCCUAUCUGAAUGACAAAUAUUCAGAACCUCUAAUAGUAGCUUUAGCGACAGCGAUCGCAGUCUUAGAUGUAUUUUUUAUCCUAGUGGCAGUGCCGGAAAGUUUACCGGAGAAGGUGCGGCCUAGUUCGUGGGGUGCACCAAUAAGUUGGGAACAGGCCGAUCCCUUCGCCGCACUACGGAAGGUUGGCUUGGACCAAACCAUUCUAAUGCAGUGCGUUACAGUAUUACUAUCCUACCUGCCAGAGGCCGGACAAUAUUCGUGUAUUUUCGUCUAUCUGAAGCUGAAAAUGCAUUUCAGCUCAGUGGAUGUGUCCAUUUUCAUUGCCGUCGUCGGUAUACUGAGCAUACUGACGCAAGUUGUUCUAGGUGAUUUAAUGAAGGUACUUGGUGCUAAGCGUACUAUAAUAAUAGGAUUACUUUUCGAAAUGCUGCAACUGCUGUGGUACGGUUUUGGUAGUCAAACUUGGAUGAUGUGGGCUGCCGGAAUCCUAGCUUCACUCGCGUCAAUUACUUAUCCAGCCAUCAGCGCAUUUGUAUCGAUACACUCGAAUCCUGAUCAGCAAGGUGUUGUUCAGGGCAUGGUGACGGGGAUGCGGGGGUUGUGUAACGGGCUGGGCCCGGCCAUGUUCGGUGUCAUCUUCUACGUGUUCCACGUGGAUUUAAAUGACGACCACAAUACCGGUGUAGCCGCCAGUCUGAAUGGUCACUCGGCGGCAGGAAGUGCCAUUGGGGGCAGUGCCCUGGGCAGCUUAGAUGGAAGCAAAUUCGUGCGAAACGAAACCCUACACGGGUUGGGUAGCAGCCAUCACAUCAUCGAAGACGAGUACUCGCAGCUGAUGCCGGGUCCUCCGUUCGUGUUCGGCGCACUGAUGGUGAUCUGCGCGAUUGCCGUGGCAGCAUUUAUUCCGGAAGCGCCCAGCGAUAGCAUCCGGCGGCCUUCGGGUGAGAAAAAAAGACUAUCAGUGGAUGCGGACUUCGAGUACGAACGGGGUCGUAAAGUAGCUGGUCCACUGUCACCCCUGAUGCAUCAGGACUCAGCUCAGCUAUAGUUUUUCCUGUAAGAACCCGAGAAAGAAUAGCAGCAUCAAACGAACAACAGCAACCUGCCGCAAGCUUGCUAGCCAAGCUCUGGAGUCAGACAAAAAUAUCACUCGCCUGAGACGCAGCGGUCGCAGAGCAUCUAUAAUCAUUGGACCCCCCUCUCGUUGAGAAACUCAGACAAGUUUCAAACAACCCAUUUUAGUUGUUUUUAAGUAGAUCAAGAAGGAAAAGUUUUUACGUGUGAAUGAAAUAUAUAAGAAGUCACACUCGCGCCAAUACUGACGUUCGGUUUGGGAAAUUUGAACAGCUAGUUUGUAUUAUUUUUCAGGUGGAAAUUCCCCUUUCAUUCCCACAUAACACUCUGUUUGUGCGCGUUCCAGAAUAUGACACUGAGGUUAAAAUACACGAAAUAGAGUAGCACCCGCGCUUGAAGUUUGAUUCCCAUAGGGCGGCGUUUGUUUGUGCGUAUCAAAAGAUUGUAUAAAAUCGAAUCGGAAAAUUUUUAGCUUUAAAUUUGAACCAGAUUUUUGAGGGAAAGCUGCCAGCAAAUGCACGCAGUGCAAGUUUAGUAAGUAGGUUUAUUAAUUGGAAAUUGAUUAUUAAAAAUCCAUGCAAUCGGUUCAUAUGCAUGUGUGUUGUAUUUAGUAGCAACGAUUGGAUAAUAAUGUGGUCAAGUGGGUUGGUAUCAAGUAACGAUAAACGAUGAAGACAAUGCCAUUAGUCUAGUCAACGAAUUCUUUUUUCUAUAUUCGUGUAUUGUUUUCUGCUAUUCUGCUUUGUGCAGAUAUGCAGCGUUAAAUUUAGUCUGGGUUUAUAUUCAUACACAUGGAACACAAAUUAAAAAUUGUUUGGACGAAUUGUUACAAUCGAAAGAGUAUACUUAAACAGAAGAAUGAGAAACAAAAAAAGUGUGAGACAUAAACGAAAUAAGAGAAUGACACGACUUCUUACUACCUACCUAAAACUACUAAAAAACGAAAGAGUGAUAAUAGCAUUGUAAGGUUUAAUUUCAGUUUCGUAGGCAAAUGGUUGGAUUUAACAAAUUGAACCAAGGCUGGAUCAGUAACGGCGAAGGGUGGACAGGGAACGUGUACGAUAUCUGCUGUAGUAAUUAUUGAAACUAAGGUAAAUCGAGAGGAGUCCGUUAGUAGCGUGUACAAUCCAUCUUAAAAGGAAUGAGCUUGAGGUGUGAUUUCACGCAUUGUUAAGUGGUAUAGAAAAAAAAUUGAUCUAAAUUGUUGUUUUGGUAACUCAUACAGAAGUGAUACUACCUCGAGUUAGUUUGUUUUUAGAGAAUUCAACAAAUGAUUAUUUUCUAAAUUUUUUCAUGCUUUUGAAUUUGAAUACCACAAUCGUUAGAUUUUGUAUGCGAGUACCUCGGAUGCACAAUAGAUGAAUGAUCAUCGGAAAAUGGUUUGUUGGGAGUGUUUCUGUACUCACUUUACUUUUCCUUCAUAAGUUUCCGAAAAAUGUUUGAAGUAGAUGGGACAAGAUGAGCACCUUAAUAUUGGUCUAUGUAACUGAAUUUCGAUCCAAAUAUCUUCUAUUUAUAACUGUUAUAAUAAAAUCUUGUUUAAGCAAGGAGCCCCAAUUGUUUUUAGUCAUGAACGCUAAUAGUGACGAAUAUUUUAUUUCUUCCUAUGGAGGAUUUUAUUUCAACUGUGAUUACUUGUAAUUUUGAUACAUUUUUCAAUAAAAUAACUUUAGUUGAUACAGAAACACUCGUUUGAUUGAAUUCAGGCCGCAACUUCUUAUUAUUUUCAUCUUCACUAAUAAUUUAACGCUACGAAAUAACAUUAAUGUAACCUGUUUGCUAUCAAUUUAAAAUUUGCUUGACUAUUUGAAUAAACAAUGUGUUUGAAAAUCGAUGCAAUCUUUUGCAAUUAGAACCCCGCUGAACUAUCGUUUCAUUUCAUAUUUCGGACAUUCGCUGUUGUAAUUCAUUCUUUUACAUUCAUGAGUCUUAUUUUUCAUAAAACAUUUUUCUGCAUCAAUAGGGGUUUCAAACUAUAAUUUAAUUAUUAUAAAGUGCGACAAAUAAACUUGUAACUUCGUACCAGCAAAUUUGAUACUCUUCCCGAAUCUUUUUUUACAGUACUCAUUUGCCGAAUUAUGAACUGAAACGUUGUUAGGUAUUCUUUGGAUCAGACGAAUAUAGAAAGAUGUAAUUAUUAUUGAGCGGAGUGAGGCAGAUAAAAAGGUAGUCCAAAGAUUAAUGAAAAAUAGUUAUCUAGCAAAAUAAAGCAACUAGCUACACUAGACCAUAAUAAACUGAACAAGCAGCAAACAAAAUCUAAACCACACCCAGAAACUAAAGUUAUCCUCUAUUUGUAUAGCAAAAAAGUAAAACAAUCAAAUAUAAAAAAAAAACAGCGGAAAGUAGCGAUACAAAUUCAAAAACACUACAAGCGCAAACACUUGCAAAAAAAAAAAACAACGUUCGAUAAGUUCAACCGUUUUCGAAAAACAGUCCGACAUCGGAAACCGAAAGUCAAUAUAAAGCAAAAUAAAGCGCAGUUUACACCUCGUCAAAGGCCCAACAGAACUGCAUAGAAACGUUUCAAACCUUUGUAUUUAGGAUGAAAAUCUAUUGAAGUGUGAACCAGUUGGUCGCACGAAGGUGGGCACAUAUUACAAACGAAAAAAUGAUUGCCGUUUUCCUGUUUUUGAACACAGGCACACCCACUCAAAACAAAAAAAAAGUUGUUGACAAAUCGUUGAAUCAGAGAGCAGUGCGUUCUAUUUUGUUUAAGUCGUGUGCGUGAGAGAGAAAAUCAAAUGAAUGACAGUGAAACAACAAAAUGGAAAUUCAAAUGGAACGAUUUGACCAGGUGUGGAGACAGAGUCGAGACAAACAUAAUUGUAUAAAGUGAGAUAAAACAGAAAAUCCCAGUAUAAAUAACAAACAUAGGUUUAUCAAUUAACAGUAACAGAAGAGUCUUUUUUAGAAUCGAGCAAUGAAGGCGGAAGAUGAGAUGUAAAAUAAAAAUAGGAAACAGAAGGAAGGAAAAUGUACGGAAGCUUGAAAUGGAAAGCUGUAAAAUAAAUUGACAACAAAAUCCAAUCCAAUGGAACUUUGCUGAA